GGAAAUGAAUGGUUUUGCUGCAAUUGAUGAUUCAGAAUUGAUCCAACUUCAAAAGGAGACGAGAAAGUUGAAAGCUGAUGAAGAUGAUUUUGCUCUGCUGCUGAGCAACCUAAAGAAACUGACUUUGGAUGACAUGGAUAGCUCCCAGGCUACCUUAAGACAUGGUCUAAGAAGAAUACAACCUUCAGUGUCAGUUCCAACUUUGAACAGCCAGAGUGUCCCAGCCUCGACUUUGGUGUGUCAUCUUUCAGGUAAUGAGCACAAACAUAAAAAUAUGAAAUACACACAAGAAGAAUACAGAAGUAUUCUGGAAGAACAAAUGCAGGCUUACAAGAAUCAGCAAGAAAUGGAACAGAAAAAAGACCUUGAAAAUGA